UCAUUGUUGGAGUAACUUGUGUUUAAUUUUAUUCGUGUGGUCACACAUGUCCGCGUGAUUUCCUGUAGAACUUUUAUUUAUCACGUGAGUUCACUUUCUCGGGGCAGGUGACCAGAUCAGCCGAGGCUAAUCGGGGGGGGGGGGGUAAGAAACAUAUAAAAAGAGUUCAUCUCACUGGUACGAUCACAGUAUUCUUUGGUCCACCAAAGCAUUCACAGAUCCACGCAGUCAUGGCUUCCGAGAAUAAGAAGAUGCCCGGUCAGUACGACUACAUCAUUGUUGGUGCAGGUCCAGGUGGCUGUCAGAUGGGUUAUUUCCUGGAGAAGAAGAAGCGUAGUUACGCAAUCCUGGAAAUGAAUGACUUACCAGGUUCGUCCUUCGCAGAACACCCACGUCAUCGUACUUUGAUAUCGAUCAAUAAAAGAUUCAACCCAUUCCCGGAGCCCGAAUACAACAUGCGACAUGACUGGAACUCGUUGCUAAGCGAUGAUCCCGAACUUCUCUUUACUAAAUACUCCAAAGAGCUGUUCCCUAACGCCGAUGAUCUGGUUCGCUACAUGAGUGAUUACGCCACCAAGUUCAACCUCAAUAUUCAUUACAAUACUCGAGUGGAGAAGAUAAAGAAACUGGAAACUCAACAAAAACCCAGUGAAAAUUUCUCUCUGCAAACGUCCAAAGGCGAGUACCGAUGCAAAGUUCUGUUAGUUGCUACCGGAGCACAUGAUGAGAAAGUUCCCAAGAAAAUCAAAGGUCACGAGCUUAUGGAGACGUACUGUAGCCACAGUCUCGACACCGAGAAAUACAAUGGGAAAAAAGUUUUCAUUCUUGGUAAUGGAAACAGUGCUUUCGAAGUUGCUAACCACCUCGCUGGAGCAGCUAGUAUAAUACAUAUAUUUGGAGAUCGCAAAGUAAAGCAUGCUUGGGACACCCAUUUUGUAGGUGAUCUCAGAGCAGUGAACGAUACGGUACUUGACAUGUACCAGUUGAAAUCUCUGCACGUUUACCAGGCUGUGAACGUGAUAGAAGUGGAGAAAACAGAUGAAGGAUACGUUCUCACCAUUGACGAUAUUGUUCCACAUUGGCGGGAAAGUCAAGGCCACGUUAGAGUCAAACUUCCCCCAUAUGAUCACGUGAUAUGCUGUACUGGCUUCAAUUAUGUAGAUUUGUCAAUUUUUGACGACAAUUGCAAACCAGUUACCAAACAGGAUGACAAGUUUCCAGUUAUCUCCAAUACUUGGGAAUCCAACAUCGACAAUAUGUAUUUCAUGGGCACAGUGAUGCAGUGCCGCGACAGGAAAGCUGCGUCCGGGUUUAUUCAUGGGUUCCGAUACAACGUACGUACACUUCACAAGUUCCUUGAAGAGCGUUACGAAGAAGUUCCAUAUCCACGCGAACUUUAUCCGCUUGACAUUAACACACUCUCUGACAAGAUCUUGGAACGCGUAAGUGUGAGUGAUGGUAUAUAUCAAAUGAAUAACGUGUUGUGUCACGUGUUAGCUAUUCCUGACUUCGAUCCUAACAUAAAGGGUGAAAUUAAAGCUGAACUCUACCAGGAUUUCCCCAAACCAUACGUACUUGAAACUGCCAUUAAAGGAAGAUUCGCAAAAUACAAGCACGUGUUCGUUAUUGUACUUGCAUACGGAUUUGAAGACUUUGGAAAAGAUGGCAAACACGCGAUGGAUUUUGCUCACUUCCCCGAACUGAACGCUACUGAUUGUCAGGCAUUUCUGCAUCCCGUUAUUACCUACUACAAGAACGGUGAUCUGAUGGAUGAACUGAAAUUACCAGAGUCGUUGAUACUGAGAUUUGACGUUCCAUUGACUCUAAACCAAAACCCAGACGUGGGAAAUAACAGGAUGAGGAAUUUCAUCAAUAAACAGCUGAAUCUAAAGCCCGGACAACAUUUGUAUGAAGGAUUCUUCAUGGAGAAAGUGUCAGACAGAGUCACUCCCUUCACAGAGGACGAGAAAAGAAGAAUACCAGACCUUAGUGUAUUCAAGUCUUGCAUUCCAUUCAGCAUCGACUUAAACCCAAAAAUGGCGUAAUUAUUAUGUCUGUAAACAUCAACUCACUUUACUGUAAGUGAAAUCGCAAUAUUAGCCACAAUCGGUAUUUCGACAUAAAGCUGAAAAAGCUAAAAAUCAAAUAGUUCGGUCCAUGUAAUACCCGAGAACUCACAGUGAACGGAAAAUCACCCCUUACUAUUCUGUUUAUUAGAUUUGCCCUACUAUAACUUCCUCAACUAUAUACGUUUUACGAUUACACCAAAAAAGAAAAACAAUAAGUUAGUCGCUACUUCAGUUUGAAAGCAACACAAAACGAAGGUCAAGAGACAACAACAGUAAUAUGUACAAUCACGAUUCACGCAUCGCUGCCAUUUUUUUCUGUUUAUUGGUAGUAUUACCAAACUAAUGUUAAUAACAAACUUAUUGUAAUUGUUGAAUUAUUUGAAUAACAAUGUACUUAGUUAAUAUUUGAGAUUAAAUAGUUGCAAAUAGAAA